AUGAGGUUCUCCACGUCGGCUGCCGCCAGUCUCGCGACGGCGCUUCUCGUGCCAACGGUCACGGCCCUUGACGUCGACCUCAGCUCGCCAGCCUCCAUCAAGGCCGCCUGCAAGGUCCUUGCCAAGCAGCUCUUGUCCUACUACCACGGCGACCAACCCGGCUGGGUGCCCGGCAUCCUGCCCGGUCCGCCGCCCAACGGCGACUACUACUGGUGGGAGGGCGGCGCCAUGUGGGGGACGCUCAUCGACUACUGGCGCUACACGCAGGACGCGCAGUACAACAACAUGACCGAGACGGCGCUGCUCUUCCAGACCGGCCCGCCGCAGAACUGCUACAUGCCGCCCAACUGGACCGCCUCGCUCGGCAACGACGACCAGGGCUUCUGGGGCCUGUCGGCCAUGCUCGCGGCCGAGUCCAACUUCCAGAACCCGCCCGACGACCAGCCGCAGUGGCUCGCCCUGGCCCAGGCCGUGUGGAACACGCAGGCCGCGCCCGACCGCCACGACCAGACGUGCGGCGGCGGCAUGCGCUGGCAGAUCCCGCUGACGAACAACGGCUACGACUACAAGAACUCCAUUGCCAACGGCAUCUUCUUCAACAUGGGCGCGCGGCUGGCGCGCUACACGAAGAACGACACGUAUGCGCAGGAGGCCAUCAAGACCUGGGACUGGGUCGCCGGCGUCGGCCUGAUGUCGUCCAACUACGACAUCUACGACGGCGCCCACGUCGAGAAGAACUGCACCGACAUUGCCAAGGCGCAGUUUACGUACAACGCCGCCGUCUAUCUGCAGGGCGCGGCCUUUAUGUACAACUACACCAACGGAUCGACGCUCUGGAAGAACCGCGUGCUCGGCCUCACGAACCGCGCCGUCAAGCUCUUCUUUGACCAGGGCGGCGCCGUCGAGAUCUCCUGCGAGCUCCCCGACCGCAUCCAGUGCACCACCGACAUGCUGACCUUCAAGGGCUUCCUGCACCGCUGGCUGGCCGCCACCACCCAGAUCGCCCCCUUUGUCCACGACAUCAUCAUGCCCGUCCUCAAAAAGUCCGCCGCCGCCGCCAUGAAGUCGUGCGACAGCGCCGGCGUCUGCGGCUUCCGCUGGACCACCGGCGCCUACGACGGCAUGACCGGCGCCGGCCAGCAGAUGAACGCCCUCGCCGCCCUGUCGAGCCUGCUCGUCGACCAGGCCUAUGUGCACCCGCCCUUCUCCAACGGCACCGGCGCCACCAGCAAGGGCAACCCGGCCGCCGGCCUCGACACGACGGGCGUGCGCGACGGCCUACUGGGGCCCAUCACCACGGCCGACCGCGCCGGCGCCGGCAUCCUGACGCUGCUGAUGCUGUCCAGUCUGUUGCUGGCAUGUGGGUGGCUGAGCACCAACAUGUCGGAGAACGUCUGCUACCCACUGCGUGACAAAGUCCACCUCGUCUGCCUGCACGUCCCGGACCGUCUUCGGCGGCAGGUCGGCCGUCGUCUCGUUGUCAAAGAGGCCGUACUCGUCCCAGUGGUGCACCGCGCCCGGAAUGAGCAGAAACGGCUCCUCGGUCGACGACACGCGGUCCGGCACCCCGAGCGCGUGCGGUGUCACCGCUCGCCACGGAUCGGCCUCGCCGUCCACAAUGGCCAGCCGCGGGAAGCUGAUGUCGUACCCGCCGAGCUUGUUGACCGACUCGACGUCCGGCGGCGCCUCAAUGCCAAAGGCGUCGCGGCAGAUGAUGGACAGGUAGUCGAGAUCGAGGAGCCGGCUGAUGAGCGGCAGCUGGUCCGACGGCACGCCGGACCCGGUGGCCAGGUAGCCCCACUGCGUGCAGUACUGGUACGUCCAGGCCCGCCAGCGCUGCGUGCUGUCGUCCUGCCGGAAGAAGGUGCUGUUGCGGUUCGUGAAGCACUGGUCCUGCGUGCGCUCGGUGGCAUUGCACGGGUGUGUCGCCUGCACCCAACCGAUAAAGUUGAGGAACGGCAGCUCGAGGGCGUCGACCGCAGCGCCAUAGCUUGUUGCUUGGAUCAGGUCGCGCACGGCACCGCGGCGGUCGGCCACGUCCGGGUACAGGAGCUCGUCGGCCGUGACGUUGGCGCAGUACCAGCCAAAGUUCGGAUUGUUCUCGGCCGGGUCCCAGUUUGUUUCCUGCCAGCCGCCGAGGGCGUCACUCAGGACCGAGGCAAAGUCGUCGUCGAACGUAAUGUUCCCGAGGCCAAAGACGCCCUUGAGCUUGGCGACACGGUCGGCCGGGGUGUCGCCGCGAGCGCCGGCCAGCGGCAUCUGGCCCGCUGGCUGCUCCUCGUAGAUUUCGUCGUGGCUGUCGUCACCAUCGCCAUGGCCAUCGCCCUCGUUGUCGUCGGCCUGCCGCCCCGCCAACAAGAUUUGGUCGGCCACGUGCAGCAGGUUCUGCGUCCGCUGUACACACUCCUGCGGACCAAACAGCCGCUGCGCCUCGUAGUACUGCCAGUAGUCGUGGAUGGCCACGGUCACGCCCGACGACGAAAUCGCGCCCCAGAACACGUCCGGGUACAGCACUCGCAAGAAGGCCGCAAAGACGCCGGCGUACGACCCGCCGUACACGAUCCACGGCGCGCCCACAUUCGGCAUCAGAUCCACAUCCUCGAGCCCAGGAAACACGACGUGGGUCGCAAAGUACGCCGUGUCGGCCAUGGCCUGGUCGGUGUGCAAGAAGCGGAGGGCGGCGGUCGACAGGUUGCCGUAGGGGACGCUCUCGCCAUAGUACCGGUGCUCGAGCACGACGGCCAGCCCGUGGGUGGCUUGUGCGAGGCGGGCAGCAAUGCCCUUCUGGAGGAAGGGCAGGCGAUUGGCCCCGCUGGUCUCGCCGGCAGCCAGCACGAUGACAGGUCCGCCCGGCUGGUAGGCAGAGGCAUCGAACCAGUACCGCAGCGGGAACGUGUCGUUGACGUGCGGCGCGUAGCGGGAGUCGUUGUGGAAGUGGUCGACGGGGACCGAGAGGUUGUAGACGGGGUACGCAGGCAGGUCGCGUGUCGCGAGAGAAGGCUCGCCGGGCCCAUCCUCCUGGACUUGCUUUUGCAGCUCUCGGAUCGGCUGCCAGGUCCGGAGAGUCGAGGCGGUCGGCACCGUCGAAAGCAGCUGAAGCAGCGCCGCUGCGACGACUGCACGAGAAGAAAAGCGCAUCGCGUACGGCAGUCGUGGUCGGCGGAGUGUUUUGCCACCUUACUCGCCUUUCUGGCCUCGUUUGCUGUGUUUUGA